AGGUAGUAUAGAUAACGUGUCGUUGAUGAGACACCAAUUGAAUUUAAUAUCUACUAGCAGAAAAAGAUUCUAAUCACAUUUUGAAUUUUGAAAGCAAUGGAAACGUCACCGUUACGGUAACGUCAAUUUACAAUUUCAAAUUGAAUUCAAGCAGAAUUUAUUUAAAAAAAUUGUAAUUGUGGAAGUGUUUAUAUAGAUUUUGACGAGAACAGACAACGUGGAAGCACUACUCGAUAUUGUUUUAUCUAAAUUGUGAUAAGGAGUCCUUUCAGUUGAUUAAUUCCGUUUAUAUUUAUGUACUGUUGUUAUUGUGAUUUUAUAAAAUCCUUUCUAGUUUCUAUGCGGAAUAAUUGAGUUUACAUAUUCUUUGCAGUUAAAUGGAGCCGGGUAUAGUGAAAAUCGCGGAUGAUAGCGAUUUCGAUAUGUUGAAAACGUUAGUAGAUGAUGAUACCGAUUGGAAAUUGGAAUAUCACAAAGUUAACGAGACCAAGGUAUGGACCAAAACCACUCCAAAUACUAGCUUCAAAAUGGUCAAAGUUCAAACAGUCUUCCAGGAUAUAAGUGCAAAUACGUUAUUCGAUGUUUUACAUGAUCCCGGAUAUAGGAAAGAAUGGGACGAACAUAUGCAAGCGUCUGUAGAAAUAGGUUACUUGAAUCCAAAUAAUGACGUAGGGUAUUAUGCAUUGUCUUGUCCAGCUCCGGUAAAAAACAGGGACUUUGUCCUUCAGCGAUCAUGGCUAGACAUGGGCAGUGAAAAAUUAAUCCUUAACCAUUCUGUUCAACAUAAAGAUUAUGCGAACAGAAAAGGAUAUAUUAGGGCGAUAUCCCAUCUGACGGGAUUCGUUAUCCGAGACGGUUCCAAUGGAUGUUUCUUAGGAUAUGUAUCUCAAACUGAUCCCAGAGGAAAACUUCCUCCUUGGCUAGUUAACAAAAUAACUCAAAAAUUUGCCCCGAAAGUUGUAAAACAAUUAAAAAAGGCAGCUGAAGGUUACGAAUUGUGGAAGUCAUCCCAAGAAAAUCCUGGUUACAAACCCUGGGUGUAUCCAGAACAAACGUUAGAUUCACCUAGGAUUAGUAUAUCGGAUUGUUUGGAUAUAGGAGUUCCUGUAGAACAUUCCGGGGAUGGCGAAGAAGAAGAAACCGAAUCAAAUUAGAGCAGCGAAACUUACGAAACCUCAACCAAAAUUUUUGUGAUAAGCUUUUCAGAUUAAUAUGUAAUGAAGAUAGAAUUUAAGUUUUACUUGAAUCUUUUUGUAGUCAUUCUAUAACUGUUUUAUAAAUAAUUAUUUAUUGAACAUAUUUUUUAACAGUAUUAUAUCUAGUUAAGUAUUGAGGAGAUUGGAAGGUACAAAAUUGUUGUAUUUUUCAUUCAAACAAAUAUCUAGUAUUUGUUGAGUACGUUAUAUUUAUUUUCUUGGUAAACAACUAUUGAGUACAUAUUGACACCAAUGGGUGUCAAACCUAUUUUUUUCUAAUCUCGAAGCUGCAUAACCAAACUGAAUAAGGAAAAGGAUGAUUUAACACUAUUUCCACCAACAUUACUGUUUAACUUUGAUAGAGAAUGCAAGAAAAGGCAAAGAAAUUAUAUUUUUUAAAAUCCCAAUUAUAAGAUGAAUAUUUUAUUAUUAACCCAGUUUUUAUAUAUAGUUCUUGAACUAUUUACACCCACAUAUAUAUUUUGUUUGUUUUGUUGUCUUUACGUCAUAUGUUUUGGCAAUUAUCCCAACCAGGUGAAGUUGUAUAUACUUAUAUGAAAUAUGCUGGUCUUUUAUUUUUUUAUAGCUGCUGUUCUUUAUAUUCAAGUUUUAUGCAAAUUUUAUGAAUUGAAAUAAAUAUUUUUCUCUUAUAUAAAA